AUGACCUCGCAAUCAUCCCCAUCCACUGAAUUGUCUCGUGUUCCUGUGAUCUUUUUUCCCCUCUAUCAGGACUCAGGGGUGCAGUUAGAAGUACCUCUAGCUGUGGUUGAGAAGAUCUUGCUGAACCUGCCCGCUCAUCAAGUGGUGCGAGUGUGUCGUCUGGUGUGUCAUGAAUGGAAAGAGCUGGUGGACAGUGCUGUACACUGGAGAGAGCGCUGUCGGAGAGAGGGGAUUCAGCCCUGUGAUGCUUCCAGACCCCCAGAGGACUGGUGCCAGUUUUACAUACUAAAUAAAAAUCGACGUAACCUGCUCAAGAAUCCCAAAGCUGAAGCUGGAUUGCAAGGAUGGGAGAUUGUGGAUACUAUAAAUACCUGCUGGCUGAUGGAAGAAAAUAGAAAACCAUUUCCGGACAACACAGUCACCAGAUGUUAUGUAGUAUCUGAUGGGUUGUGUUUGAAGCGACAGCUAAUUGAUUUGCAGAAAGAAGGCUACAGUGCUGCUUUUAUGGAUCAACUACAACCUCAUAUCAAAAUCUCAGACUGGUACACCACAAACACUCCUAAUGGAAAUAGCUAUCAGGUCUGUAUGGAACUGCUUAAUGAGGAGAUGCAACCCAUUAGUAGCUAUCAUCCGUAUAGAAUGGUUCUAGAUGGGGACAAUUAUCCAUGGUGUGAGAUAACACAUGUCUUUCGAAAUUAUGGCCCCGGUGUUCGGUAUAUCCGUUUCACUCAUGGUGGGUCAGGUACACAGUCCUGGAGGGGCCAUAAUGGAAUAAGACUCACUAACAGCAGCGUGGAGAUCUGUCCAGCUGCAGAGAGGUUGAGAUGUACGAAAUUCAACUUGCUCAUUAAUCCCAGCGCAGAAGAUGGACUUCAAGGAUGGAAGAUGGUACAUAGUGGAAGUGGCUGCUGGGUGACAGCAGACAAUAGCAGACCUCUUGCGGACACAGUCACCAGAUGCUUUGUAACAUCUUUUGGGUUGUGUUUGAAGCGACAGCUGAUUGAUUUGCAGAAAGAAGGCUACAGUGAUACGUUCAUGGAUCAGGUGCAACCUCAUAUCAAGAUAUCAGACUGGUAUGAACCACGUUUUGAUUGUGGAAGUGAGUAUCAGAUCUGUGUGGAGUUGCUUGAUCAGGAGAAGAAACCCAUUAGUACCUUUGAGCCUGAGAAAGUUGUAUUUCACUUUAGGAACUCGCAGCCAUGGUGUCAAAUGACACAUGUCUUUAAAAACUAUGGAGCUGGAGUUCGAUUUAUCAGUUUCACUCACGGAGGGAAGGAUACACACUACUGGGCAGGUCAUUAUGGAAUCAGAGUCACUAACAGUAGUGUGGAGAUCUGUCCAGAUGAUGAGAGCUCCAGAUUCAUAAAUCGUAAUUUGAUCAAGAAUCCCAGCGCACAAGCUGGACUUCAAGAAUGGGAGCUUGUCGCAAACGGAGGCCACCAAUGGGUGACGGCAGAAAAUAUGCGAACAUUUCCAGUUGAUACAUGUUUUGCAACAUCAUACGGAUUAUGUUUGAAGCAACAGCUGAUUAAUUUGCAGAAAGAGGGCUACAGUGAUACGUUUAUGGAUCAACAGCAACCUCAUAUCAAAAUCUCUGACUGGUAUGCUCCACGCUCUGAUCAUAGAAGUGAAUAUCAGAUCUGUGUGGAGUUGCUUGAUCAGAAGAUGAAUCCUGUAUGUUCCUUUCAGCCUGAGAAAGUGUUCUUUCCCAAAGGGGGCGUUUAUCCAUGGCGUCAAAUGACCCAUGUCUUUAAGGAGUAUGGACCCGGAGUUCGGUUUAUCCGUUUCACUCAUGGUGGGAAGGAUGCAAAAUUUCAGAAAGACUGUAAUGGCAUACAGGUCACUAAUAGCUGUGUGCAGAUCUGUCCAGUUGACUAGAUAGUGUGCUAUAACUUUACUUUUAACAGGCAAUAUUACAUUUAUUCAAAUUAGCAAUUGAAUUUGUGUAAUAUGAUUAUCUAUGGGGACAUAUCAAAUAUAACAUUACAAAGGUGGAUGGCCCGGUGGCUCAGCGGUGAACACUAUCACUUAACAGCAAGGUUGCCAUUUCGAGUCUCGUUUGGGUCAGUCGGCAUUUCUGUGUGGAGUUUGCAUGUUCUCCCAGUGUUAGCGUGGGUUUCCUCCGGGUGCUCCAGUUUCCCCCACAGUCCAAAGACAUGCACUAUAGGUGAAUUGAACAAACCAAUUUGGCCAUAGUGUAUGUGACAGUGUAUGGGUGUUUCCUGGUACUGGGUUGCAGCUGGAAGAGUAUGCGCUGCGUAAAACAUGCUAGAAGAGUUGGCGGUUGAUUCUGCUGUGGCGACCCCUGAUAUAUUAGGGACUAAGCUGAAGAAAAAUGUAUGAACGAAGGAACAAUACAAAGCUAAAAAAUAUUUAGACAGGUAUGCUUUAUACAUAGUCAAGAUAUGCUGAAAUUUGACAUUAUAAAUAGUCAGCUAUUAUAACUACAGCUAUAGAUACGCAUGACAUAAUAAAUAAAUAAAAAAAAUACAUCGAAAAAUACAUUCUGUUAUCAUUUUCUCACCGUUCACUUUUUUAAAAACUUGUUUGAGUGAAAAACACAAAAAGAAGAAAACUGGAACCCUGGAACCAUUGACUUUAAGUAUUUGGGUCUUUUGUAUUUGUACUGGGUUUAUAGCUACAACAAAAGCCCUGUUAUACUUUGCUGGUUAACAGGCAAUGUGUAAAACCUGCGAGUCCAAUAUAAGAUGCCUUAUUUUGGUGUCUAUCAAAAGU